GCAAUCUGAACGAUCUGCUCGAUACGGAAAACAAUCCCACGGUACUGGACCGGAUCUGCGAAGGAGAGCAAGUGCAGACGGCCGAGUUUUAUAAUCAGCAAGAAAAAUCUUACCACCGGAAUGUGGCGAAGAUAUAUCGCAAAAAUAGGGCCGUUUCUCCGGGACCUCCAACUGUUAAUCCUGCGCCACCGCCACCGCCACCGCCACCGCCUGCCGUGCCGGCUAUCGUUGAACCGGCAGUUCAGCCAAUCCCCAUGGAAGGUCCGCUGGAACCGGUCCGAUCGAACGAGGGCGUCAAUGCGGCAGCAGCACCGAACGAUCCAUACCAGCUGCGGGGAGAAAUCAACGCCAUAGCAACGGUGAUGCCAUCGGCGGUGGAACUGCUCCCCCAGGACGAUAACUUUGGUAGUCAGGAGGCCGAUGGGGCACGAGAGUUUUUUGCAGCUGUGUACCGACGAAGAGUUGCCGCCGAUGUCGCUGAGACAGUCGAUGACGCGGAAUAUGUUGCUGUCUCAGUUUCCAUCCCUGCCGGCGGUCGCCCCAAUGGUGGACAACUUCCAGACCAUUGAUCUGAAUACGCCUUUGUUCAGGAGACCGCUGGGAACCAGUACACCGUUCCUCCCGGUUACGGAGCUCACUGCACAGUUGGCGUUGCCCGAGUUACAGGAAUAUGGGCCGCAGGGCGCGCAAGAACCACAGCAAGAUCCAGCGGCUGAAGUUGUUCCGAAUAGAUCCGGAGAAGUUACUGCUUCAGCAGUGCAGCCAAGCACUGUGCCUCCUUUGAUUCCGGUGGUAGAAAGUAGCUCAUCGGGAGAGGAAGUGCCGGUAGCGCGUCCCAGGCGCACCCGACGGGAGGUAACGCUGACGCAACGGCUGGAACCGUUUGAAAGUAGUACCGGUCGGGGUAUGCCGCGGCCGAGGAGGAAUUUCGACAUUUUUAGCUUCCCGUACCGUACGGUGUGGAACAAAACGAUACAGGACGUGCAAAAUCAGCUGGCGGAGCUUUACAAGCAGCAGCAACAGGAGCAGCAAUCACAACGCAAGCAGCAGCAAGAACUGCUCGAAGCGGUGCCCGUGAUGCGGGAGGCAGCAACGAACCAACGAAUCGAUUCGGGCUUCCAGCAAACGACGGACGAUGGAUCCCGCAAUCCACCGCCGAUGAACACGACAGAGACAUCCAACUUGGCGGUGGGCAAUCGGACGGGCGGCAAGGCCACCAUUAGUAACGAUCCGUCACAUCAUAUACUUAGCCAGCAGGAAGCGAUAAUGACGUCGGAUCUAGUAGGCACCAGCCUGCAACCGGUUGUUCCGGAUCAACUGGAAUCGAUUGAUGGGAAGCUGGCGGAAGCGUCGGAUCGUUUCCAGCUGCCAACGGUCUUAGGGGACACGCCGGCGGCUAACAAUGAAACGAGCGUGAUGAAAAUUCCAGCACAGGCGGACAAUGUGUCCGUAUCGCAGGAAACAGAGAAACAGGCCGUUCCGUCUGAUCCGCCAUUGACAGCUCCCCAGGAACAGCGGACUACUAAGCGCACUCGGUCGAACAAGCAAAACGAAGAAGAGCAGGCUGUUUCAUCCGAGCAACGGCCCGAAAAACCAUCCGAAAUUCGGAACGAAAAGGAGAUCGAUCUAAGCUCGGUGCUGUUUAACCAGGCAAAGGAGCUGGAGGCAAUCCCGGAGGAGAUCGAUUCGUGCGAUGAGGUGGCUCCACUGGAUACAAUGCUGAUCGAUAUAGUGCUCGUAGUUCAGCGCGAAAUGUGCCAUCGGGGGGUGCAAUAUGUUCCACUGCACCACCUGCAUCAGUUUUUCCGCACCAGCUCACGUUUGGGCGUGUGUAAACUGUUCAAAAACAUAAUUCUGCUCAAGCAGGCCGGGCUGCUUGAAGUGCAAUGCAACGAGGAAAACCACAUUCGGCAGGUGACAUUGCGCACAUUGCGAGUGGAUGAAACGGAACGGAGCAAAUAUUAGUACGCGAGCAUCUUUUACUAUUA